CAAACCAUCCCCCAUGAUCCCCCCCCCUCCAGAUGAUGAGCCAGGCCCAGGGCCAGCACAGAGACCUGAUCCAGAGCAUUGAGGGCCUGCCCGCAGCCCCCGGCCUCUCCCCUCUAGACCAGGACCUGCUGAUGCUCAAGGCCACUUCUAUGGCCACCAUGAACUGCCUCAACGAGUGCCUGCAGAUCCUGCACCUGCAGCAGAUGGCCAGGCAGAGAAGCACCCUGGGAGGACCCACCAUUGAGUGGUUGGAGCCCAAGCUGCCCAACAUCCUGAAGAAUGGCGGCGGCUCCAUGGGUAGCUUCACGACAGAAGAGCCGCUGGAGGGGAGCCGCCUGGAGCUCAGCACCCCCGAGUCCUGCAGCUUCUCUGGGGAACAGGAAGACAUAGAUGUGGAGGAUGAAGCGGAGGACUGCCUCGCAGACAAGGAGGAGGACCUGGGUGCUGUGGAGGAGGAGCGCAGCGUCAUCCUACACCUGCUGUCCCAGCUGAAGCUGGGUAUGGACCUCACGCGGGUGGUCCUCCCAACAUUCAUCCUAGAGAAGCGCUCUCUGCUGGAGAUGUACGCCGAUUUCAUGUCACACCCAGACCUCUUUGUGGCCAUCACCGACGGAGGCAGCCCGGAGGACCGCAUGGUCCGGUUUGUGGAGUACUACCUCACCUCCUUCCACGAGGGCCGCAAAGGCGCCAUCGCCAAGAAGCCCUACAACCCCAUCAUCGGCGAGACCUUCCACUGCUCCUGGAAGGUACCCAGGAGACCAGAGGCCUCUAAGGAGCCCUCGCAGGGAAGCCCCGACCCAGCCGCCCCCCAGGAGCCCUACCAAGUGCGCUUUGUGGCGGAGCAGGUGUCCCACCACCCCCCUGUGUCUGGCUUCUAUGCUGAAUGCCAGGAGCGGAGGAUGUGCGUGAACACGCAUGUGUGGACCAAGAGCAAGUUUAUGGGAAUGUCCAUUGGAGUAUCCAUGAUAGGGGAAGGUUGUCUGUCUUUACUGGAGCACGAUGAAGAGUACACUUUCACGCUGCCUUGCGCAUAUGCACGCUCCAUCCUCACCGUUCCCUGGGUUGAACUGGGCGGCAAAGUCAACAUCAGUUGCGCUAAGUCAGGCUACUCGGCAAUCAUCACUUUCCAGACUAAACCAUUUUACGGUGGCAAAUUACACAAGUGAGUCCAUCCCCCGCUCCGGGUAC